AUGGAUGCAACCUUUUCUUUAACGCUUAUAGAAGCUAUCUUGAUUUUGCUGGCUAUAGCAAUUUCUAAGGCUAUCAGAUUAAUCUCUCCGCUUCCUGAUAGUUGUAAAGAUGCUGUUGAUUCGAUUCCCACGGUUUCUUCUCCUUCUAAUAUCAUUGUUGCUCCUUCUGCGACCAAAUAUGACGUCUUUCUUAGCUUUAGAGGGGAAGAUACUCGUGACGCUUUCUCAAGUUAUCUCUAUGAAGCACUUCGCGAAGCUAACAUUCAUACUUUUAUGGAUCACAAGCUCCACAAAGGAGAUCAUAUCUCAUCUAUUCUCUUGAAAACAAUAGAAGAAUCAGAGAUAUCUUUGAUUAUUUUCUCCAAAGAUUAUGCUUCUUCAACUUGGUGUAUGGAUGAGCUCUUUCAUAUUAUGAAAUGUAAGGAUAAAUACGGAAGGCUUGUCAUCCCAAUUUUCUUCCAGGUAGAUCCAUCAAAUAUUCGCAAACAGAAUGGGAGUUUUGGAGAUGGGUUUGCUAAGCUCAAGCAGAGAUUUAAGCACAACCAAGAAAGAGUGCAGAAGUGGGAAAAUGCUUUGAUCAAAGCAGCAAGUCUAUUUGGGUGGGAUUCAAAAAAUAUCAGGCCUGAAGCUAAACUUGUCAAAAAGAUUGUCAAAGAUAUUUUGAGCAAAUUGAAUCGCAAGUCGUCCUUUCAUGUGGAAGGACUAGUUGGAAUUGAUCAUCAGAUUCAGGAAGUUGAAGAGCUACUGAGUGAAGCUUGCAUUGUGGGAAUAUGGGGUAUGGGUGGUAUAGGCAAGACCACUCUUGCUAGUGCCGUAUUUGAGAGGUUGAGAGCAGAGUUUGAAGCUUCCUGCUUUGUUGAAGAUGUAAGAAAACUGCUGGAAAAGAAUGGUGGCUUGAAUGCAUUACAGGAAAAAUGCCUUAAAGAAUUAUUAAAAGAUGAGGAGAUUAACACUUACAAUUUAAGGUCUGAUUUUGUGAGAAGAAGGCUUCACCGUAAAAAAAUUCUUCUGGUACUUGAUGAUGUGGACAAUUUUAUGGCGGCUGAAAAUUUAAUCAAAGCAUGUGGUUGGUUUGGGGAAGGAAGUAGAAUUAUUAUCACAUCAAGAGACAUGCAAGUGCUUAAAAAUACUUCUGCAUUUCUAACAUAUCGUGUUCCAACAAUGUAUCACCAUGAUGCUCUUCAUCUCUUUAGUUUGAAAGCUUUUAAGCAAAAUCAGCCAUUCAAAAACUACUUGGAGUUAUCAAAGCGGGCAGUGUAUUAUUGUCAUGGAAAUCCUUUAGCUCUAAAAGUGUUGGGUUGCUUUCUUCAUGGCAGAGGAAAAGAAGUAUGGGACAGUGCUCUGACAAAACUAAAUCAUACUCUUCACAAGGACAUUUUUAAAGUGUUGAAAUUGAGUUUUGAUGGACUUGAUGAUGACAUGCAGAAGAAUGUAUUUCUUGACCUAGCAUUUUUCUUGAACGUAGGACAUGGGAUUUCUCUAGAUUGUACAAGAGGCUUAUAUGGCUCUCAUGCACGUAUUGAGAUAAGUGUACUUAAAGAGAGAUCCCUCAUUUCAGUGGAUAGAUAUGGUAAUAUUGAGAUGCAUGCUCUAUUAGUGGAGAUGGGGCUUGAAAUUUCUCAGCAACAAUUAAUAUCUAACCCUGAAAAACCCAUUCGACUUUGGAGACCCCAAGAUGUUUUUCAUUUCAUGAAAAAUGACAAGGGGAUUGAGGCAAUUCGAUGCAUGUCAUUGGAUGCAAGCCAGAUAGAAAUCAUGACAUUGAGGGCUAGUCAUUUCCAAAGGAUGCAUUAUUUAAUGUUCCUUAAUGUUUACAAGUCUGAUCAAAGAAAGCCUUCAAAGUUGAAUAUUUGCGGAGAGUUGGAUUAUCUUUCAAAAGAAUUAAGGUUUCUUCAUUGGGAAGGAUAUCUACUGCCAUAUGUGCCAUUACAAUUUUGUGCUGAGAAUCUCAUUAAACUUAAUUUGUCUAACAGUAAUAUCCAACAGCUUUGGGAUGGAAAUCAGCAAUUUCCAAAUCUAAAGGAAAUAUGGCUAGAGAAUUCAAAAAAUCUCAUGGCACUCCCAGAUUUGUCUCAAGCCCCAAAGAUUAAGUACAUGAGUCUUAAUGGUUGUGUGAAUUUAGAUCAAAUCCAUUCUUCAACUGUCCUGGAAAAGCAAGUCGAUUUAUUUAUAAAAGAUUGUGGGCCGAUGCGGAUAAAUGUUGGGGGCAGUAUGAAAGGGAGAAGUUCAUCAGGGUUUCUGAUUGUGCACAAUUAUUUGGAUGUUGUCGAUUUGACAUUUAAUAAAGUGACAAUGAAGGUGAUGGUAUGCGGGAAGAUGAUGUGUGGUGCUGGAUUUAAGCAUGUGAGAAUGCCAUUGAAAGAGAAGGCAGAAUUCAUGAGAAUGGCGACUUUACUUCCAUUUAUGAGGAGAGUUGUAUGGUCUGAGAGUCCAAUUGAGUUUGGGCAUGAUUUCAACCAACAUCAUACCUAUCAUGUUUAUCAUUAUUACAGUCAAAAUGAUUGCUUUGGUAUUGAAGUGAGGGUGAGGGGUCAUAGAGGCGAAAGUCGUGUGGAAGAUGAUGAAGAAGAGGAUGAGGAUGAUAGAGAAAUGAUUAGUGAGAAUGAAAGAGAAAUGAGUAGUAGAAGUGAUCAAGUAGUAGAGAUGACAUUAUUAUUAAUGGAAGAUGAACAAGAAGAGGAUGAUGAUGAGGAUGAUAGUGAGAGUGCUACCAUAUUAAUAAUAACAACACUUAUUCCCAACACCAUUCCUCGCUGGUCAUUAUUGGGAAUUGAGGCAAUUCGAUGCAUGUCAUUGGAUGCAAGCAAGAUAGAAAGCAUUACAUUAACGGCUAGUCAUUUUCGAAAGAUGCAUUAUUUAAUGUCCCUUAAAGUUUACAAGUCAGAUCGGGGAAAGCGUUCAAAGUUAAAUAUUUGCGAAGAUUUGGAUUAUCUCUCAAAAGAAUUAAAGUUUCUUAGUUGGGAAGGAUAUCCACUACCAUCAGUGCCAUUACAAUUUUGUGCUGAGAAUCUUAUUAAGCUUAAUUUGCCAAAGAGUAAUAUCCAGCAGCUUUGGAAUGGAUACCAGCAAUUUCCAAACCUGGAGGAAAUAAGUCUAUGGGAUUCAAAAAAUCUCAGGGCACUCCCGGAUUUGUCUCAAGCCCCUAAGAUUGAACGGAUAAUUCUUCGUGGUUGUGUGAAUUCGGGUCAAAUCCAUUCUUCAACUGUCCCGGAAAAGGAUAUCAAUUUAUUUAUAAAAGAUUGUGGGCCAAUGCAGAUAAAUGUUGGGGGCAGUAUGCACGAGAGAAGUUCAUCAGGGUUAGUGAUUGUGCACAAUUCUUUGGAUCUUGCCGAUUUGACAUUCAAUAAAGUGACAAUGAAGGUGAUGUUAUAUGGCAAGAUGAUAUGUGGUGUUGGAUUUAAGCAUGUGAGAAUGCCAUUGAAAGAGACGGCAGAAUUCAUGAGAAUGGGAAUACAAAGUUUGGCGACUUUACUUCCAUUUGUGAGGAGAGUUAAAUGGUUAGAGAGUCCAAUUGAGUUUGGGCAUGAUUUCAAGCAACAUUAUACCUAUGAUGUUAAUCAUUAUUACAAUGGAAAUACAUACUUUAGUAUUGCUGUGUGGGUGAGGAGUGAUGGAGAAGAAAGGGGGGUAGAAGAUGAUGAAGAAGAGGAUGAGGAUGAGAGAGAAAUGAUUAGUGAGAAUGAAAGAGAAAUGAACAGUAAAGGUGAUCAAGUAGUAGAGACGGCAUUAUUAUUAAUGGAAGAUGAACAAGAAGAGGAUGAUGAUGAGAAUGAUAGUAAGAGUGCUACCACAUUAAUAAUAACAACACUUAUUCUCAACACCAUCCCUCGCUGGUCAUUAUUGGUUCGAGUGACAUUAAAAGAGAGUGAUAUUAUUAUUGGGAAUAAUGCAAGUUGCAGCAGCAUCCCUCAAGUUUCAAUUAUCCUCAAAUCACUUAAUGAAGAUCGCAGAAGGCGGAUUCAGCCUCUCUUAGCAGUACAACUCUCUUCACCAAUAUCCCCUUUACGUCAUCAUUCUUUCGGAGUCUUUUAUAACUACUUGGAGAGGACGCCACACGAUCCUCGUUUUCUUUGUUUCCGCAGCGAAUACUUGUCAAAUAAUCAUUUCGAUGAUCAUGAUUUAGUUGUUUACUAUGCGGAGCAUUAUUGA